AUGCAUGGAGAUUACAAUGUCAUUCAUAAAACACUAUCAAGGAGAAUUCUCGGUAUCGAUAAUAAUGUAAUGCAUGUUGCAGGCGGCAUGAUCAUGCGCCGGUGGGAGGGGCGGCGGGGACCAAUCAGCGAGCGGAUUGCGUCGAUCGCUGCGCACGAGCACCACUACACGUGCUCGAGGCGAACUGGCAACGCGGUCCAUUCUAUUUUCGAAAUUCAACAAAUAUCCUUGCUUAGAUAA